UAUAGAUAAAAUUAAAAGAAGACGAAAUUAAUGCCUAUUUUCUCACCUAACCUCAACAAAUCUAUUUACUAUUUUACUUCUCGAUCUCUACAUUAAUUAAUGAAAAAAUGUCUAAAGCGGCCGCCAGAUUAAAAUCUUUAAAGAAAGUUACUGAAAAAAUACAACACGGUAAAAUUAGAACCAAUAUACCAGCUGGUCUGGCAGCUGCAGGACCUCCAUUAGGACCAAUGCUCGGACAAAGAGGAAUAAAUAUAGCUGCGUUUUGUAAAGAUUUCAAUGAAAAAACCAAAGAUAUCCAAGAAGGGAUACCAUUACCAUGUAGAAUUACUGUGAAUCCUGACAGAAGUUAUGAACUUGUAAUAAAUAAACCUCCUGUUGUUUAUUUUUUAAAACAAGCUGCAGGUAUCCAAAGAGCUGCUAUGGAGCCAGGUAAAGAAAUAGCUGGCAAAAUAACACUAAAACAUGUCUAUGAAAUAGCACAAGUUAAACAUUCAGAUCCUGCUUUGGAAGUUUUGCCACUAGAGGAGAUUUGUAAAAGAGUUAUUGGAAUAGCAAAAUCUUGUGGAAUAGAAGUUGUUAAAGAGGUGGACCCCAAAGAAUAUGGACAGUUUUUGGAAGAAAGGAAAUUGAUAGAAGAACAACAAAAGAGGGACCUUCAAGAGAAAAAGGAUGCUAAAAUGUUGAGAACGGGAUAGAUUUUAAGAACAUUAGUCUUGUAUAUAUUAGUUUAAAAAAUAGUUUAAUUUCAAUGUGUUUUAA